CAACAGGACAGUUUUGUUUUCAUGUGGCGGGAAAAAACACCUUUGAGAAUAAAAUAUUUGAAUCUGGUCUCUGAUAUUGUAGAUAACACGUUAGCUAAUUCAUAUGACCUCACUAUGGCGCCUGUGAAAAUUAAACACAUCGUUUCAUUCACUUCACAGGACCCCAAGAACAGUGUGGAGAACCUGUGUAAUGUGGAUGGAGACCACAAGCCAUGGCUGUGUAACCCCCAGGACCACAGUGGAGUCCUCAGAGCAGAACUGCAGCUGGAGCGAGCCUCCCAUUUCGGAUACAUUGAUGUCGGGAACUGUGGAUCUGCGUUCAUUCAAAUUGAUGUAGGCCGCUCGUCUUGGCGCAUGGACCAGCCCUACAUCACCCUGUUGCCAACAACAACCCUAAUGAGUCCAGCUGAGUCACGACAGGGCACGGGGCGGAGAGGAGUGAGAAUGUUCAAAAAAGCUGAUUUCCUGUUAGAAGAUGCCGAUGAUAGCUGGGACCGAGUGAAAGUGACCUGCACUCAGCCUUUUAACAGGCGCUCCCAGUUUGGUCUGUCCUUCCUGCGCAUCCGCAGCCCCCGGGAAGGGAACGGGGAGGCUUCCAAAAACACUGGGAAAGACAACCAGGAUCAGACAACACCAGAAAGAUCUGCCUCAGAUGUGAGAGAAUGGCUCUCCAGCCCUGCUGUACAGAGAACCUUCUUUGGUAAAGUGCGCAGGGAGGGUGUGGGACUGAGCCGGACAGCUCGUAUGGUCCUCACCGCCUCCCAGGCUGCCAGGUGCUCCCUUCCUUCCGCUUCCUUGUCUCACAGCGGCAUAUCGUCCUCUGGGACUCAGAAUACAACAGCCCCUACCCUUCCCACAGCCAAACCAGAUACAGCUGCCCCCAAAAAGGGCAAGUCACUGGGAAAUACAGGGAAUAUACACCCUCACACUGCUUCAAUGGCCUGUCUAAGCACAGCUCGCUGCUCCACGGAAGAUACUCCUUUACGACAACUGAAGAGAAAACCAAACUCCAAAAGCAAGCAGAGCCAUCUGAAUUGCAACACGCCUAUUAAGCAGGGAAAACCCACAGUCAAUAAGAGACGUACAUCUCCCCCUCAACACCCAUCCACGGAUGUUCCAGACUCUGGUGACCUCGAGACCAUAUGCCCGAUAUGCGGAGUAUUCUUUACUUCGGAGUACCUGCCGUUUCACACCUCUUCCUGCCAAGCGGGGGACACCAAAAUCCUCCCCGGGGGUAUUGGGACCCCUGGCCCCGCAUCCAGCCCGAAGGAGUCCAUGUUGCCCUGCCCUAUCUGCUCAUUCAGAUUCCCACUGUCCGACAUCGAGAUGCAUGCCAGCACGUGUGGAGACGCCGUGGACCCCCGUGUCAUCUGGGUAGACUAGGAAACAAACACGGUCCUGUUUUUAUAUUACCGGGCAAUGCAACCAUCAUGGACAGGCUUAUAGUUUCACGUAUGUACAAUUGUAGCUAUAUACAUUUUAAAAUUAAUUUCUCUACCUAAGUCUUCACUCUGUUCUGGAUAAUUGGUUUUCUCAUUAACUCAUUAAAGGCCCCUGUUGGUUUUUUGACUGUUUACGUAUGCUGUCCGUUAGUUAAUGAUUCAGUUUUGUACUGGAUGUAUGGGCAAUAUCCAGGCACUCAAUGUUGCGUCGUUCCUAAGAACAGUCUUUUGCUGUUGUGUAUAUUGGCAAAAUACCACUCCUUGUGUCUUAUUGCUUACGCAUUAUGUUAUUAUUUAAACAAAAUCAAGGAUGGACUUUGUACAGUUUU